AUGCUUUGGGCUGUUUCGACAUCUGCGGGACAGAAGCGUAGUCUAGAGACCCCGGAGCCGCUCACAUCGCAACAGGCGAAGAAGGCUAAGGGAGCGGAUACGCGAGAGGAGUCGUCUGGUGUGUGCGGGGGUACCCCUCACACGGGCUCGUUGCCUGUGGUUGACGAGGGUGCGGAAGAGGUGCGCGUAGUCAAGAGCCCAAGGGCACGCGACGAUCACAAACGACCUAUCGAGCCAUAUCAAUAA